AGUUAGUGUUGUUGUCUGUUAUUCCAAGGCGGAGUAAGUGUUGUUGUUUCUUGUUCCAGGCCAGAGUUUAGUCCCAGUAGUUUCAGAAGAGAAGAGAGGAGAGUCUGAUAUAGACGGUUGAGGGGCCACACACUCCUGGGAGCAUUGUUGGGAUUAUUUUCUCUCUGACUCGAUUUUUAUAAAUUUCUUCAAGGUUUUAUUUGAACAAAGAAAGAAGCAGCUUCUGGGCUCUAGAACAGCGCAGUAUUUGUUUUAAGGCGACUUUUGGACCCUAUUUGGAGGACUCCCGCACCCCUCCCCCUGUCAGUCCUCUGGCUAUUGGGAAGAUUGAGUUUGCUGUUAACCUAUUUAGGAAUGCGAGGAGUAAAAGUGAAAAGUUUAUCUCGGCUUCUUGCUGUUGAGCAGAACGGAAAACAAGCAGGGAAUUUAGCUCCAGACCUGUGCUGACAGCUGAUAUGAGCCACAAUUUAAAUUGAUUUGAUUUGGCCCGUUGGUAAACUCAAAUGCUUUCGGAGAUGGGCUCCUAACAGGCAUCAUUCUGCCUUUUUAGGUGUGUUUACACAGAGUUAGGUGAACUUUAUCAGUAAAAAAAAAAAAAAAAAGGACACAUCCCCACUGCAGGGACCAGAUCCUGUAGAACUUUGGUAGCUCAGUUGAGAUUUCUGCUUUUCAAUGAAGGCACUACUUUAUCAUAACAUUGUUCUUCUUCUCAGGAAUUGCAUGGACACAAACCAGCCCUAACAUUUGCGUGAAAACCUGUUAUUGACCGUGCAGAACUUGAAUUAAUCCCUCGUGUCUCUGCUAGAUGCAGUAGGUGUAACUUGGUUCUGCUUUUGUGGACCGAUUGUUCUCACAAGGUGUACCAUGUUUAGUUUGUAACUGAACAGUACCAAUAGACAUUGGACAUUCACAUUCAACCAGGACAGGCCACAUAAAUGUUGCGGUCCAUUCUGUUCAUCCCCUGUCAUCUGAAGGCUGUUGCGUCUCUGAAUUCCACCGGUACCUUUGGCUCUUUGAAGUAGCCGGCACAAUGAUGAACAAAGACUCUCGCUUCCCCAGGAAAGCUGUGCAUAGCAACACCUCCUCUCGAAGGCACUCAUGCAUUGGUUUUGAUGUUGAGAAUGGAUUGUCGGUGGGGCGUAGCCCUCUGGACCCCCAGGCCAGUCCCGGCUCCGGCCUGGUGCUCCAGGCCAACUACGCCCACAGCCAGCGCCGGGAAUCUUUCCUCUACCGCUCCGACUCUGACUUUGACCUCUCACCCAAGGCCCCCUCGAGGAACUCCUCCACUGCCAGUGAGCUGGAAGAAAGCUUGAAGCACUGGGAAGUCAACUGGUUGUCUCGACAUGGAGAAGACAUGAUUGUGACACCAUUUGCACAGGUACUUGCCAGUUUGAGGACGGUAAGAAGCAACUUCGCCGUUUUGACCCACCAGCAAGAUCGUCAACCCAGCAAGAGAACUGGCAGUAACCCACCAUCCAUGUGCAAGACAACCUUGGCAGGUGUGACAGAGGAGCCGUUCCAGCAGCUGGCCGUGGAGACUCUGGACGAGCUGGACUGGUGUCUGGAGCAGCUGGAGACUCUGAAGACACGCCACUCUGUCAGCGAGAUGGCCUCCAACAAGUUCAAGAGGAUGCUGAACAGGGAGCUUACUCAGCUAUCAGAGACCAGCAGAUCAGGGAACCAGGUGUCAGAGUUCAUCUCCAGCACCUUCCUAGAAAAGCAACACGACAUGGAGAUCAUGUCUCCGCCCACCAAGGAGAAGACGGACAAGAAGAAGCGCCCCAUGUCCCAGAUCGUGGGGGUAAAGAAGCCUAUCCUGAUCCCCAGUGUGGCCCCAUCCAGCAUUCCCCGCUUCGGGGUCCCUUCCAGUCAGGAAAGCCUCCUUGCCAAGGAGUUGGAAGACAUAAACCAAUGGGGUGUGGAUAUUUUCAAAAUAUCUGAAUAUUCUGCGACUCGUCCACUGACGGUGGCAAUGUAUUCCAUUUUCCAGGAGCGAGAGCUGCGGAAGUCCUUCAAGAUCCCUGCAGACACCUUCAUCACCUUCAUGAUGACCCUGGAGGACCACUACCACCACGAUGUGGCCUACCACAACAACAUCCAUGCUGCAGACGUGGUCCAGUCCACCCACGUCCUUCUCUCCACCCCCGCCCUGGAGGCUGUGUUCACUGACUUGGAGAUCUUGGCUGCUUUGUUUGCCAGUGCUAUACAUGAUGUGGACCAUCCGGGGGUGUCCAAUCAGUUCCUCAUUAACACCAACUCAGAGUUGGCCCUGAUGUAUAAUGACGUGUCAGUCCUGGAGAACCACCACCUGGCUGUGGGCUUCAAGCUGCUGCAGGAGAACAACUGUGACAUCUUCCAGAACCUCAGCAAGAAACAGAGACAGUCCCUACGCAAGAUGGUCAUAGACAUGGUGUUAGCCACAGACAUGUCCAAACACAUGAACCUGCUGGCGGACCUGAAGACCAUGGUGGAGACCAAGAAAGUGACCAGCUCUGGAGUGCUGCUGCUGGACAACUAUGGCGAUCGCAUCCAGGUCCUCCAGAACAUGGUUCACUGUGCUGACCUCAGUAACCCCACCAAGCCCCUGGAGCUGUACCGCCAGUGGACCGACCGCAUCAUGGUGGAGUUCUUCACCCAGGGGGACAGGGAGAGGGACAAGGGCAUGGAGAUCAGCCCCAUGUGUGACAAACACAACGCCUCCAUCGAGAAGAACCAGGUGGGCUUCAUAGACUACAUCGUUCACCCUCUGUGGGAGACGUGGGCCGACCUGGUCCAUCCCGACGCCCAGGAGAUCCUAGACACGCUAGAGGACAACCGCGAGUGGUACCAGAGCAUGAUCCCCCACAGCCCCUCGCCUACCCCCGAGGCCCAGGACAAGGUGGGCCUGCCUGGGGGAGCCAUGGGGUCCGGAGGGGGUGGAUCUUCCAUCGGAGACAAAUUCCAGUUUGAGCUGACCCUAGAGGAGGAAGGCGAGUCCGACACAGAGAGCCCCCCAGAAGAGGAGGAGGGGUACAGUAGCACUGGGGCGGAUCCUUCUAGAACUGACCCGGACAGCAGACUCCAUUCCGUGUCUGCCACUGCUCACCCACACUAUCAGGGGCUUUCUAAAAUGGCCACCUCUGUCCUCAAUCUCGGUGGCACGACUUUGUCCACUGACUCUGACCCAGACAAGGAGGCAGCCGAAGACAAAGAACAUGACCAAGAAGGUAAUGCCGGUGUGAGGCGCUUCAGGCUAGGUACAUAACACCAGUGCAAUGUUCUUUUUUGUUAGUUUUUUUUGUUGAUUUUCUGUGCCUCCCCCUGAACCCUUUACCCCCCAUCUUUGGCUUCUUUGGACUGAAUGGCAGGACAAAGCUGAGGUAGAGAACGUAAAGGGGGUGCGUUCGGGAAGUCUGCACUUACACAGCAGUCACCUUGCACUGGAGAGAGGAAAGCCCCACGGUUCCUAUUUGUUAGGUUGCAGAGAACAGGAAACCGUGCUUUUGAGCUGGUCUUUUGUGUUUUACCGAUAUGUUUCGGAGUUGAACAUGCGUCACCGUGUUUGGCUUACGUUUUUCAAGAGACGCUGAGGUAACCAACCUUCCUGUUUUGACAGCCAGGUCUACGACAAAGGAGCGAGGAGUUUUGCGGGGACACGUCUUCCUUUUGACUACUUAUGACUGCUUGAAACAAUUGACGGCGCGUUGAACUUAGUAACAACAAACGCCAUAAUUUCUUUUGAGACUUUAUGCCACACAGCGCAAUAAACAGGAAUUUGGCCAAUGGCAAUGUUUGCCUGCCUUCACAACUGUUGAUGAUUUGAUAUUUUAUUCAAGGCCUUUCAAAAGAGUGCAGGAAGUGGUUUUUACUGGUCAACUGCAGACCUUACCAGAUAUGUACCACAAAAGGACAAAGUACAGAGCAGGCCUUCAGAAUGGUUUGAGGAAGAGAUUGUUUCAAAUGCAACAACGACACUUUUUGGGUACCACUGUUGCAACUGCUACGAGGUGCCUCGCAUGGGGUCUUGUGCUAAGAUUGACUGAAGCAGCAGCACUACAGCAGCAUUACAAAAACAAAUUGGUUUAGGGUCCGUUCUUCCUCACACAGUCCUAACCCGACCCGUUACGUGUACACCUACCUAAACGAACCCUGAGCCAGUCGUUGUCGGGGCAUAAAAGUAAGACAAAGCUAUGCUGUUUGCACCUGGCGCCUCCCAGUGUUGAAAUUUGGGAAUUGAAGUCAGCCCGUGUAAUACAAUUCAAGGCAUUGAAAAUGCCCAUGCCUACUGUAAAUUGACUAUAGUUAUGUUAAUUGGAUUGGGUUUAGCUAUGGUUUUAUUGUACCCAAAGCACUUUGGGUUAAGACUUCAGUUCAGACUUCAACCCUUUUCUGUAUGAUUUUAUUUAUUGAACGUCACUCAAAGUGUAUACACACGGCUCUAUGCUGUACUUGUGUGUGUAUCUUUAACCUCUUCACGGCACCCAUUUUCAUCAGUCUGCCUCCACUUUUAGCACUUUUACAAUUGAACUCACAGCCAAUGCCCUGCUUGAAAGGGCUUGUGCCAAUCCAUGAACACAUUGGUGGACGGUGUAACCAGCACUUACAUAGCCUGGCACAUUAGGAGAACUGGUUGUUUUUUGGGGGAAACCUGGACUAAGAUAAGAACUGGUCACAUUUUCAACCAGUUGAAUUACUAAAUAAGAUACAUUGUUAGCAUGUACUAUGUCAUCUGGGUUUGUGAAGAAAAAGUUGUAAUAUUUGCCAAACUAUUUCAGAGAUGUGUGAAAGAUGUGCCACUUAAGCGCAAUUCUGCCAUGGGCCAGUUCUCUGUGCCAGAAUGCCCCCCCCCCCCUUUCCCUUUGUCAUUGGUCAAUAUUCUGCUCUUCACAGGGACAAAGCCAAUGACAGUACAAGUGCCAGGCAAGCAUGACACAAUUCGUACUGUAAUUUCCAUUUUGCCCCUGGCUAGUUUCCAUCAAUGACUGACUGACAGCAUUGUUGAUCACGUCUCCCUCCCUGUGCACUCGUUCUGUCCAAAUAGGUUUUCGGUUUCAGAACAAUAAUCCCCCGAUAACUGUACUUGUCUUAAAGUAAGUGGUAUGUUUGAAUGGUUGGACGUUUUGAUGAAUUGAAUUUGUAAAGAAACCAAAGCACUCUGUAUGGUACUUUCACCAGUCUCUGCACUUCCAGCACAGUUGAGUGUAAUGUAACUUGACUCAUCCACGUUAGUUUUCUGUCUGUAUUCUGGUAUUAUACGGCCUGAUUAUUACAAUUGAUUCACAGCACAGGCUGGACCACUGCAGCUGAAAUAGGGGACUUGUUAGGUUAUGGAAUUUAACCUUUUUGUAACUAACCACAAUAUAUUUUGAUAAAUAUACUUUUUUUUGUUUGUUUUUUGCUGCAAGAUUCACAAGGAGAGUUUUCAAGUAACUAAGAUAAACUCAUCUGUGGACGAAACACAAACGUUGAACCGCCAUCGUGGAGUAAAUUUAUGUUGUGUUUUUACGAAAGAUCUAGAAAUGACACUUUCUGGAGCCUUAUAUUUGCAUAUGUUUUCUUUCAGCCUAGAUUUGAUAUAAGGUGGAGAGAAUCCAGUGUCAUGCAUAAUGUAGCUAAGGAGCACAAACAGUCAAGAACUCAAAGCAAGCCUUUCUGCCUUCCUCAGCUGUCAUGCAACAACAAAAAGUUCACCAGCCCUCGCAAUGACUGUCUAACAUUUAUUGUUUUGUAUAUUUCAUGUAUUGUUUUGUAUACUUUCCUCACAAUGCUUUGUGUACAGUUUAUUUAUUAUUUCUAUAUAUAUGUCCGAAAUGAAGAACUAUAGACUUUGUCGGAGGCGGAGUAUUUAUUUGUAGCUACCUUCCGAGCUUUGGGAGAGAAAAGAAAAUGGGACAGAUUUCAACUACAGAACUCAACCAAAUGUUUUAGUUUUCCUAUCUGCCAUUAAAGAAAGCAAAAAUACUCAAACUUUCAGGAUUUUCUGGAUAACAUCAGUAGAGUAGGAGAUCCCAGUUUCAGACACGCCGUUCCUAUGUUUCUCUCCUGAACAGGUCCCAGUUUCCCAAAAGCAUCUCAAGGCUAAAUUGAACUUAGCGUUAUGAUGCUUUUGGGAAACUUGGCCCAGAACACCUGUCUGCAGUCUCGACAAUCCAAACACAACUGUUUACUACGGGUUUCUAAGUGCUUACUGUUACUGUACGCCUGUCCACCUUUUCAAUAAAGGAGUCUUCAUGCUUUUGA